CACUCACUCGCAGAGUCACUUGCCCUCGCUUCUUCGCAGUUUGUACACACCCCCAGCAGGUGCUUUUACUUCAAGUGUAGUUUGCAGUUGUGCUCCAGGCUGUGACUUUCAGGUUAAGUGUAAUUCCACCAAAGAGCCUGGGAGGGUCUGAGGCCUCUGGGUUUGGGGGCUCUGUGACACUCAUCAGGGGGGAAACAGAGUGAAGGGUGCCCGUUGCCCGCACGUUCCGUCUGAGCUGAGCGUUGGUCUGCGUCAGGGACAAAAGGCCGUCCUUCAUCCUUCAACAGAACCAGAGCUGCGCUGCAUCUUUUAUCAUCCAGUGAAGUCUUUGCCUCUGGCCAUCAGAGCAUCUUUGUCUCGGUACCAGUUAUGUCAAACCCAGUGGGCAGUUUAUCAGAAGGCACAGUGUACGGAUCCCGAAUCGGGAUGACAGAGGACUCCCUCGCCGUCCUGGAGCGAAACAGAGGCUCCGGAGAACCCUGGGACCUGGAGGAAACCAAACCAAACGUGGAGGCCCUGGAGCGUGGCGUGCCGGGCCUCUACCUGUCCUGUUUCGACAUGCUCCUCACUGAAGAAGCCACCUGGCUGGUGAAAGUCUCAGAGGCCUCCCCAACACUGGCUGUACCUAUGACUCGCAUGGGGCCCCAGGAGGAACCGGAGCAAUGCCCUGUCAUCGACAGCCAGGAACAGGGACUCUCUCCUGGGCUGGAGGGGCAGGAGGAGGAGCGGUCUCUGGAGCAGGUGCAGAGCAUGGUGGUGGGAGAAGUGCUGAAGGACAUUGAAACGGCCUGCAAACUGCUCAACAUCACUCCAGACCCCAUAGAAUGGAACACAGGGAACGUCCAGAAGUGGCUGCUGUGGACUGAACAUCUGUACAGGUUGCCCCACGCAGGAAAGGCCUUCCAGGACCUGACAGGAAAGGAUCUGUGUGCUAUGAGCGAGGAGGAGUUUCGACAGCGCUCACCGCAAUGUGGAGACACACUGCACGCGCACCUGGACAUUUGGAAGUCAGCUGCUUGGAUGAAAGAGAGAUGUUCAGUUGGAGAUACAAAAACGACCGGUGGUGAGGAUCUUUGGUCCGAGGCAGACUCAUCUUGUUCUGGUCAGCCCAUUCAUCUGUGGCAGUUUCUCAGAGAACUCCUGCUUAAACCUCACAACUACGGACGCUGCAUCCGCUGGCUCAAUAAAGAGAAAGGUAUUUUCAAAAUCGAAGACUCGGCUCACGUUGCGAGACUGUGGGGACUCAGAAAGAACCGACCUGCCAUGAACUAUGACAAGCUGAGCCGCUCCAUACGUCAGUACUAUAAGAAGGGCAUCAUCCGCAAGCCUGACGUGUCUCAGAGACUGGUCUACCAGUUUGUUCACCCAGUAUGAGGCAGCGACAUAAUGGGAGGAGAGGGAAGAGGAGUGGGAGGAAGAGAUGGGAACCUGGGACUCACUAUCUCACCAUGCACUUGAACACUUAAGAUGAAAAGGUGACAGGAGACACGUGCAGUGAUCGACCCCGAUGGCACACACUUUGACUGCCAACACUGGAGCAACAGCUGCUGUGUGAAUGCUUAUCUGUGCACGACUCGAGAGGAAGAGACAAAACAAAGUGGCUGCUGGGGCUUUUUCCUGCUGCAGAAAAAAAAACAACCACAGAUUUAAAAAAAAACAGAAACUGCCUUUGUCAUUUAUUUGCAUGAUCUGCCUGUUUAUUUUUACAUAAUGUGAUUCUAAAUUACAAUCAUUCAUUACAGCAAACAGUUAGAACUGAUUGCUCCUUCUCAAGCUUCAGGAAAACGCCCACAGCCUGCAGCUACAUUUGUUUUGUCUUUUUGUUUCGCUCGUCUUGACCACUGUCUCUGUUUGAAUUAGAGCCAGUUUUACUGCUUCAGUUGAAAAUGUGGUGAGGAUUGUUUUGCUUCGUUUUUGGGUUUGGUCCUGGCUGUUAUACACACAAUCACUCAGUCAGCUCCUGUAACCCAUCGACCAGCUUUUAUCUCAUCUGAAUCAUACAGAGAAGGAGACUUUAACAGUUUGUUGGAUCUGGAUCCAAGAGUGGAAACCUGUUAUCAGAGAAUCUUCAGCACCUGCUGUGACUGUGUCAUGUAACUGUAUUUUUUUUUUCUCUGUAUGUGUUCCUCGGUAAAGACUGAUGCAAUAUUGCGUCACUGCUGAAGAGCCCUGCUUUAUACUUUGAACUGUCAGCUUUGGUUUGUGCUGCUGUACAUUGCAUUUUAUAUUAUGGGUGUUUUACUGUGGAGACCCGAAGUGUUUAAAGUAUAAUAACUUGUAAAAACAUCAUGAAAUAAAUAAUCAUGUAAAUAAAUGCAGACAUUAAUGCGAUAUUACAAUGAAAUUGUGAAAUAUUUAUUAUUUUUUUAGUCAUGCUAAUAGAGUGGCUCCAUGUGUGGUGAUGUUGAUCUGUCGGUCGCAGGCCUUCAGGAAGUAGACUUUUUUUCCAUUGACUUACGUGAAGAUACAGAGGAUACAUUUUUUUUGAGUGUCGCAAAAUGACUCGUUUCACUGUCAAGAUUUAAUCCAUUCAGUCUGAUAACAUCUGGAAAGUCUGGAAGAGCUGCAAGAUUAAAUCAUUUUAUCCCCACUUAAGUUAGCGGAAUGCUAAACUGGAAGUUGGCUGCUCAGCCUCACAAGGGCAAUUCAGAGUGCUCUACAGAGAAAUAAAAUAUUACAAUUACAAUUAAAAAAUGAAUCAAAUUAAAAAUAUCACAAGUGCAUACAAGUGGUCCAAAGAUAACAAGAUU